CCAUUGCAGAAAAAAUGUGGGCAUGUACUGAAAGGCAAGUAGUAUCCAGGGACUAAGGGCAGGGCACUGAGAGUCAGCUAUAGAGAGCAUUACGCUUCCCUUGAACCUGUGUAGCCUAGAGACCCUUCAGGCUCUCACUGGGAGCAGGGGAACGACUGCAGGAUUAUGAUGGAUCCACAUGAAUGCAUUGUUGCAGUUAUGAAUUUACAAAGGUAAUAAGAGAAGGCUUUUCACAAGACGGCAGCAGUUUCUUGAAUGUUCAGCAACCAUUUAGAGCUUUCUUUUUGUUUGGCAAUACAAAAUACCUGCAUCCUCCCGCAGCUCCUGGGCAGCUAACAUGUGUAAGGGCAGAAUAACUAACAGAAAUAUUUGACACUAGAUACCUCUGCCUUCGGUUUCAUCAAGGGUUGUGGAGCAACAAUUACCUGCCAGGCCCACAGUGGAUAAAACCCAUGUAUUGGGUUUUCGUAAUUUCAUUAAACAUUGAAAGGGAUUUUUCAGACAAAAGCUCGUUUACAAAUGGGACAAUUGAAAGUAGGCAUUCUCAGUAUAGUACUAAAAUAUCCGCAUUCUAUAAAUUUAACAAGUCAAAUUCCUUUUCAACUCUGUGCUUGACACGGUAUUUUUUGAAAAUUCAGUACUGGGUUCCUAGAGACUGGGGUCCCUAAGCCCUAUUCAAUUUCUUUGUGUUUGGUUAUUCUGAUGCGCCAUAAUAUUUAUUCAAAGGAGGUAAUCACUUGGGGUCCUUAUUUGUGAUUCCUAGCCUGAUGUCCUACACAAGUGACAUUUUCUCAGUUGGAUCAAAUCUCAUUUGCUAAGCGAAGCUCUUUGCUUGAAGUGUUUUCAUCUGUUUAAUCUCUUGAAGGGGUGUGGGAGUUUCCUAAACCUUUCUCUUAUCAGUCUCACAUCUCAUUCCAAAGACUCGACUCUAGCAGAUACUACGCCUUCGCUUCCUGGGACAGUUAGGAACGCUAGCCUUCCGUGGCUAUAAAGAAAACUAGACUCUUUGAUCCUGAAUACUUAGGCCCCAGAGGCCGCCACCUGGGAGAAACUGCUUCGCUUUUCAGAUUUCGGCCCGCAGAUGGCAGCAGCGGGCUCUGAAGCGUGUCUCUGCAGGUUACCGGAACCCAUUGCACCGCUCUGGCUGGCGCUCAUUAACCGGGUUUGCAGCAUCGACCUCCAGAAAUCUUCACCCACCCAGGACGGUCCAUAAGGCCGAAGUAUUUAGAGUGCUAAACUUGUUUCUGUUCCGUUUCUUUCAUGGGUAAAAACAACAGUUUGAGGCAGCAACGGUAACUCAUUGCAUCCCCACUCCCUCCGGUUCCCAAUUUCCCUACCAACUACCGCAGCAACCUGCUCUCUUUUCUUGAGCAGCGUCUGCUUCGUGACUCUAGGCUCCGGCCCUUGCAGUUCCUCGGGAGCUGGGUGCUCCGCGGCUGCAGUGCAUCGGACUCCACCGGGCCCCUUCUCCUCCUGGGCUCCGACUUUCCACCACGCAGGUUUUUCCGGACGGUCGAGAUGCUCCGGCUGCACCCGUUUCAUCACCCAUCCCCCUUAGCUAACCCUUCUUUUCGUCCCUUCUGCCCCGAACACACACACACGGCUCUCUUGCUUAUAGUGCUCCAGGCUCGAUCAUGGGCGCAGGACCUUCACAAGCCCAGCAAGUCACGGACAUGCCGCUCGAACUCUUCUCCCUCGGACCCCAGCACCACCACCACUGCAGCCGCCGCUUCAGCGCCUCUCCUCGCCUAGACGCUGCCGCCAACAGCCCCCUCGGUGGCAGGCCGGGCCAGGCUGGAAGAAGUUGAUGUCUUGGGAGGGGGUGGCGGUGAGCAGGUUGAAGAAUUUGUUGUAGGAGGAUUAACACAUCUGGGCGAGGGGAGGGGCAGCGCCGCUGCGAGACGCGCGGCUGCAAGACGCGGCGCGGAUCCCGCAUCACCGCGCUCAGCAGCCGCCGCCGUCGCGCGGGACCGCGGAUCCCGGACGCCCCCUCCCGGCCCGCGCCGCGCCCCCGCCCGCCUGGCCCCGCAGAUCCCGGCGCACAGGAGCGGCGAGCGGCGCAGGGAGGCGGGCAGCUGCCCCCAGAGCCGGCGGGCGGAGAGCUCGUGGCUAGAGCGCGUUGGGCGGUGUGGGGCGAGCCGGCGCGAGGAGCAGCGGGGGCGAAACUUCGCGGCCAGAUGCCCGUGGGCGCGGCGGCGCUGCGAGGCUACCGCUGCUGCCCCUCUGGGCCCCGGGCGCGUCUCUACGGGCGGCGUUGCCCGCGGCGCGGCGUGUGCAGCCAGCUAGUGAAGGACGCUGGCAGCAGCAGCCCGGAGCCCCCGAGCCCUCGGCAGGUUUUCCUGUCCUUCCCGGCGAUCUGAUUGGAUAAAGUGGGGGCUCGACGGUGGCCGACGUGGGACAGUGUGGCUGUGGCAGGGGUCUCGGAAACCAUGGGUUAUUGCAAUGGCAGGUGCACGCUUAUCUUUAUCUGUGGCAUGCAACUGGUUUGUGUGCUGGAGAGACAAAUAUUUGACUUCCUUGGAUAUCAGUGGGCACCUAUCCUGGCAAAUUUUGUACAUAUUAUUAUCGUCAUUCUUGGUUUAUUUGGAACUAUUCAAUAUAGACCUCGUUACAUAAAAGGAUAUGCUGUUUGGCUAGUCCUCUGGGUUACCUGGAAUGUGUUUGUUAUCUGCUUCUAUUUGGAGGCUGGGGAUCUCUCAAAGGAGACAGACCUUAUCCUGACUUUUAAUAUUUCAAUGCACCGAUCUUGGUGGAUGGAGAAUGGACCAGGAUGCACAGUGACAUCAGUGACACCUGCCCCAGACUGGGCCCCAGAAGACCAUCGCUACAUCACGGUCUCAGGGUGUCUUCUGGAGUACCAGUACAUAGAAGUGGCGCAUAGUUCCCUCCAGAUUGUCCUCGCACUGGCAGGGUUCAUCUACGCCUGUUAUGUUGUGAAAUGUAUAACUGAAGAAGAGGACAGCUUUGAUUUCAUAGGUGGCUUUGAUUCUUAUGGCUAUCAAGGGCCUCAGAAGACAUCUCAUUUACAACUACAGCCUAUGUACAUGCAAAUUCCCUUGGAUAACAACUGAUAACAAAUUCUAUAUAUCAGCAUCAAGUGAUAUGCUGAAUUGCAAGCGAAGAUCAAAAUAGAAAGUCGAAAUAAUACAGAUGGCUUCAUAAUGUCAGCUCCUGGACCUUACAAAAAACUUGUUUCGCAGUGGCCUCCUGCAUUUUAUGAAGAGCAAGAAGCAAUGAAUUUAAAUAUACACACAUAUAAACAGACCAAACACAAAGUCUCACAUCCACUAGGACACAACGCACAAACACGCACUGAGGCACACACCGAUUCCACCUGGCCUCCUCUUUCUAACCGAAACAGGCAAACAUGCAGGACAUGCCCAUCCUGGAUUCCCUGAAAGCAGGCUUCUUUCGCCCAGGCCUUUGGAAAGUUCAAAAGGAGACGUUCUGGUGCCAUCUGCUGGCCAUCACUAACUAACUCCUCUGCAACUCAGCCCCUGGGCCUCUGCAAGCUGGAAACUCAUCCAGGGCCCGGUAGCUUCAGAGUCCUGCCUCCUGCACCCCAUACGUCUUGAUAGCACCACUGCUAUGUAGGCAAUGAAAUUGCAAAAACAAACACACACAACCUGCCGUGAUGACCUUGUAACCCAAGUCUGAAAUGGCAGGUUGUUUGCCCUAAAGGCUGUACCGUAUAUACUUGCCUUAACCCACCUAAGUUGUGCGCCCAAGAAUCUCAGUGCAGACAUCCCCAAGUCACUUCCUUUAGGCUAACACACUGCUGUUACUUCCAAAUGAGUUCGAGUCUCAUGUGUUUUAUGUCAAGAAACAACACCGAAUAGCCCAGCAGCUCCCGUGUGUCUGUGUAUGAAAACUGCCAGCUGUCAGCAAAGUGCUUUACCAUUGAGCCUCCACGGUGGCCAAAAAGAGACAAGUAACAAUAAUAGCAACAACAAUAAUCGUCAUCUUUAUAGUUCUUAAAUAUCGUCUUCGGAUGGGGUUGGGUGGGACAAAGGAAAACUUAAGAAUCUACUAAAGUCAAUCUACUGGAAGCAGAAAGCAGAAACGGCAUAACACUGAUUUUAUUUAUUGCACUCUAGGUGCUUUUAUAAGUAACUACAAUUGUCUUUUACUAACACAAAAACAGCUGUGGAUUUAUAUCAACUGAGGCCAACUGAAUAUGUAUUAGCUAUGUUUACUCUUUUAUAUCUAAUUCCAAUGGGAGACCCUAUGUAGGUGACCUUUUUUUCCUAACUUCAGCGUAUGAGAUUAUUUUUGGGGCGGGUGGGGGGACCAAUAGUUACCUUGGUGAAAUCUUUGAGAUCUCUCUGUGAUGGUCGGGGGGUCCGUUGUGUGUUAGAGUGUAUUUUACUCCUCCUGUAUUAUUGUGGCAGAAAAACUGUGCUGUUAACGUAGUUGGCAACAAGAUGCCUUUGGAAACUUAAUAGUAGGUCAAUGUGUUUAUGGAAUAUUCUGAAAUUCUAGGAAAUUUUGUUCUAUAUAUUCAAGCAUUAUUUGGUUUUCAUUAGUGGAAAACAUAAUUAGCUCAGGCUUGUCAGGAACUCAGAUGAGACAUGUUUUUUUUCUUGGAGUCACCUGAGACAUUAAAAUCAAUUUUUAAAAUGAAUAUGCCAUCUUUAAAUGCAGUGAAAUUCAGACUUGAAAAGUCAUACAUUGUCAAGGAGCAACUUUUUCUCUUCGUUUCCAUGAAGUUUCAGUUACUGGGUUAACCUACUUUGGUCCUUAUCCCAUCCAGAACUGCAUAAACCAGUCCUAUUACUGUGUUGCAUGGAUAUCUAUGAAAUACACACAUAUACAUUUGAAAAUGAUACAGGAACAAAGGUUACUAUUGGAACAUGAGCUACAAAGAAAGAUUCCAACUCUUGUGCUUGAAUUUUCUCAGUGGCUUGUGUAUAUUUGUCCAUACAUACAUAUAUAAAACACGCAAUUACAGACAUGUCAGUGGAACCUCAUCUAAUGAUUUUAUAGUGACAUGCAUGUUUAAUAUAUGAGAAAAAUAUUUACCAAUGUAUUGUCCUUUGAUUCGUAAAAUAGAAAUACUAUACAUGGCAGAACUUUCUCUAAUGUAACUAUUACUGUAUUUUAAAAUGAGGUUUCACUGUACGUUCAUACUGUGAUCAGAGCCCACCUUCUAGGACAUGUAAAUGGAUUGGAAUUGAGAUGCACAGAGCAUACGCCCUCAUAUUCCAGCUUUAAGUUGCAGCCAUCAUACCACCUAAUCACCACUAUCAUCACCACCAAAAUUUUCAAAAACAGUUGUUGACUACUAAGAAGUAAUCAGUGGACAGGUCGUUUUUGGGAGCAGUGAGCACAGUAGUGUGAUUCUAUCUGGAAAAACAUCUCAGUUGUACAGCUGUAUCCUCCUCAAAAUCUGGUGAAGAAUGCUAUUUUUCUAGGCUGAGCUUUUGUUACAAACCUAAUAUUCAGAAGGCAAGAGUUACAAUCCUGAUGUGUCUUUUUCCUUUCUUCUUUUGCGUUUGUUAAUUCUGAAUGUAUUUUUAACAGAGUGAUUUUUUUGACUUACUAGUGUAAUUUGCAUUUUAAAAAUAAAUGGAAAAACAACUAAGUUUCAGA